UGGUAAAAAUAGCAGAAGAAAAAUACUCAGAACUGUCACUCACGUCACUUUGACAUUUAUAUUUCAAUAUCAAAACAAUUGUUUUACAGUGAAUAAUAAUUAAUUUACCUCUUAAUAUAUUAAUAAAAAAUGGGUAUCUUUGCAUCAUGUUGUAAACCAUCGGAUUCAUAUCAAGAUUUGACUCCUGAUCCGGUAAUUGAAGUAAAACGGCGUCAAAUGACUGAAGCUGCUGAAAAAAGGCAAAUGGAGCAAGAAUCGAGAGGAAUAAAAAAUAUGGAUGCUGUAAAAAGACAGCAACGAUUAGAUGAAGAACGUAGACAACGAGAGGAGAUAGGGGGAAAUAAUGCUAAUCAGGGACCACUAAAAUGGCAAAUGGAAUGAACACAAUUGUGAAGUUCAGAUUUCUUCUUAUAUAGGAAAGUAUUUCUUUCUUAUUAUGGUCUGGGUUUAAUAUUCACGUGAUUGAUUAAUAUAAAUUUUUUACUAUCCAUUUUUUAUAUUAAGAAUUUUAUAAUUACCAUUGAAAUUAAAAUAAGAAAAAAUCAUCACUUAUUUACAGUGAAGGAUUAGAACGUAGAUUUGUUUAAUAUUUAUAUAUUAUAUAUAAAAGUUAAUUUUAUUAUAUAUGCUUGAACGUUAAUAGCACUUUCUUUUGAACGGUACAUAAUCAUUUAUUUCAAAUUGAAUUUGCCACUGGUAUUUGAAAUAUUAUAUUUAUAUAUAUUAUAGAUUUAUGGCAGUAGAUAAUAAUACGUGUAUAAUUUUAAGAAAAAGAAAAAAAGGUGUAUAGAUUUUUCCUUGGGCAAUGAGUAAAUUCUGAUUGUUAAAAGUUUAUUCAAUUGCCAUGCAGAGAAUAAUAUCGAUAUUUAUUUGUUAUCAAUUAUUAAAUAAAUGUAAAUGUGUGUAUAAACAAGUAUUAAAUUAUAAAUCAUGAAA